CUUUUAUAAAAGGUAGACAAGUUGUCACAGUUUAGGGUUUCAGAGUGGUGGAUUGGGCGGAAGAGCAUCACAACCCUAAUCAGAAGAAGCGCAGCAUCAACCACAACCAGCAACCAUGGGUCGUAUGCACAGUCGCGGUAAGGGUAUAUCCUCAUCUGCUUUGCCCUACAAGAGGACACCUCCAAGCUGGCUCAAGAUCUCUUCACAAGAUGUGGAAGAAAACAUCUGCAAGUUUGUGAAGAAGGGUUUGACCCCAUCUCAGAUUGGUGUCAUUCUUCGAGAUUCUCACGGUAUUGCCCAGGUCAAGAGCGUCACUGGCAGCAAAAUCCUGCGAAUCCUCAAAGCUCAUGGACUUGCGCCUGAGAUUCCAGAGGAUCUGUACCAUUUGAUUAAGAAGGCAGUUUCAAUAAGGAAGCAUUUGGAGAGGAACAGGAAGGACAAGGACUCGAAGUUCAGGUUGAUUCUUGUGGAGAGCAGAAUCCACCGUCUUGCUCGAUACUACAAGAAGACUAAGAAGCUCCCACCAGUCUGGAAGUACGAAUCAACAACUGCUAGCACUUUGGUUGCUUAGAGAAUGUAUCCACUUUCAUGGGUUUUGCUACCUGGCAGUCGCUGUUGAGCUAGCAAUUUUCCAUUGAUGUUUACUUGAAGGAAGGCUGAAUAGGUAAUGUGUCUAAGUUUGCUAAGAACCUGUGGUUAGACUGAGAAAGGUACUUGAACUAGUUAAAUCAAUUUAUCAAUGUUGUGUUCUUUUUCUUUUAGCUGUUGGAAGUUGUCAUUUGGACAGAUGGCUGACUGCGGUUUUGGUUUAAAUUUUAAGUAAUAUAUAAGUUGAGAAGUUUUGAAGGAACGCA